AUGGCCACGGGCAGAGGGCAAGCAGGCAGCCACGCUCACCCCCGAGUCUGGCCUACUCAGGGCACCUCAGGCAGGAUCUGAGUGGCCACCGCAGGGCUGGCCCCAGGCCUGGAGCAGAAGCAGAGGAAGUGCCCAUGGUCCCCAGGUCCAGCACCCGGCGGGCUGGCCCACGGGAAGGCGGCCUGGUACCUGUCCCGGCUGCAAGCGUCCCCCGGCCCUGGCCCUCCUCCCUCCUGGGGAGGCUGGCGGUCCCGGGGCCCCGCCUUCUGCUGCCACGCUCCGAAACUAUCUCAGCCUUCCCUUCACUGCCCUGCCUCCUCCAGGGCUCUGCCAUCCCCAUGCAGGGCAGGCCCAGCUGAUUUUAGCUCGUGGAGAGUUAUGUGAGGGAGGCCACCCUGAGGCGCUAGGGUGUUUCAAGUGCAGGUGUGACGGAGACACACAGCCAUACCGUGAGCGCCACACGGGCCACAUCACACACUCUGCCCGCCUCUGUGGUGGCAGGAUCCCCUGCCUGAUGCUGCGGUCAGCACCUGGGGGACCGGCACCAAGUAGGCCUCUUACCCACCGGGGGCAGGGACUCCAGAUGGUCCAGCCCCAGGGCAGAGAGGAUGCCCACACUUGCACCCCCCGGGAAUCCCACACACAUGCAGCGUCCAUGGGCUCAGACUUCACAUCUGUUGCACCAGAACCCCCCGUGAGCCAACUCUGAGCUGUCCCUGAAGGUGGGACCCAGGCAGCCGCCGUCUACAGGGCAGUCCUGGCCUAGAAGGGGAUGCCUUGGUGCCCCUAGGCCCAGCCUCAGUGAAGGCCACCACUUUAAGGCCCAGCGGGGCCCGUGCUCAGCAGGCUGGGGCCAGCCAUCCUUCUGGGGCGAGGGCGGGGCACGCGGGGCCCUCUGCCUGUCCCUUCUCUAACCCUUUCCACAGACAGCCGUCAAGGAGCAGCCACACAGGCCCACGUCGCGCUAGGAGCCGGGAACGUCCUGUCCUGCCCCAGCCGGCACCUCCUGCUCCUCUGGGGCCUGGAGAGGCCUUGGGAGGCAAGAGGAGGGGGCUACUGGCCUCUGGACGCAGUCUCUGUAUCUCUGCCCUCCAAGAGGCGGGCUCUGGGCUGACCUCAGGAGGAGGAAGGAGGGCUCUGACGCUGGCCCAGUGACAUCAGUUGGUCUCACUCUGAGCUUCGAGGAAACUCAGCUCCAGUUUGUACCUGAGGAAACGGGCUCAGAGAAGUUGAGUAACUUGGGCAAUGUCACACAGCCGGUGAGUGACAUUGGUGAUUCACGCUCACACCCAGAUGAGUCCAGGCCAGGGCCAGCUCUUCCCCGAGCGCGACUUCCCUCUCCCGGAGGUGCCCUGUGGCCACCUGCCUCCUUCUAAAGCCACGAGGCUGGUGACGUCACACCUCCUCAGAGCCAAGGCCCCACCAGAAGGGCCCAGCAGGGGUGGGGGCUUCCUCCCUCAUCUCAGCCCAGGUCCUCAGCACCGACUUGGGGUGGGGUGUCGGGAACCCAGGGCCCAUGUGGGGAGGGGCAGAGGGCCUGAGCCGACCCCUUGACCUUGGGACCAGGCGGAGGGUCCAGUCAUCGGGAGGGCGAGGCCUCCAUCACGCUAGGGCCAUGUUGGGUCCCAAGGGGGGCGCCCUGGGGGCUGUCCUGCCUCCAGCACACCGUCUGGCCUCAGGAACCACACCGAGGCCUAGGGUUUCGGCCUGCGAGACGGUGGCUCUGGACCCUGCCGACGGACCAGAGCAGGUGUGGCUGCCGCCGUCAGGCCCCUCCCCGCUGCCACGCCCCAUGCCCAGCCUGUUAUAAACAGGCGAUGCCUGGCCAGCGUUGGGCCACAGCAGCGUUGUCACCUGCUAGAACCGUCACCAGCACCGCCACCGUCACCACCAUUGAAGCCACCCAGCACGGGAGGAUGGAGAUGCCCACACAGGGAGGCUCCAGCCUCGAGGCUGGAGCCUUGGCCCAAGCAGCUGGUAGGGGGCCGGGGACUUGUACGUGCCUCCAGCUGCCGCCGCCGCCGCCACCACCAGCCCCCGAGGAGGAGCGUAGGGAGAGGCUGGUGGAGCUGCACACCUCGUUCAGGGAGAUGAUCACCUUCUUCUGCACCAACGCCACCAUCCACGGCACCAUCCGCCUGGUGUGCUCCAGCCAGAACCGCCUCAAGACCGCGUCCUGGGGGCUGCUGCUCGUGGGCUCCCUGGGCAUGCUCUACUGGCAGUUUGGGCUCCUCUUCGAGCAGUACUGGCGCUACCCGGUCAGCAUGACGGUGUCCGUGCGCUCAGAGCGCAAGCUCUUCCCGUCGGUCACCCUGUGCGACAUGAACCCACACCGGCCACACGCAGCCCGCCACCAUCUGUGGGCCCUGGACGACUUUGCCCGGGAGAACAUCUACUCCCUGUAUCGGUUCAACUUCAGCGAGAGCAGGGAUGCCCCAGGGGCUGAGGCCCCGGGUCCUGAGCCCAUCUUCCAGCUGGACCGCAGGGUCUGCCUGCAGAGGCUGAGCCCCCCGGGCGGCCAGAACAGAGUGGGCUUCAAACUGUGUAACAGUGCCGGCAGUGACUGCAUCCAGCGGGCCUACUCCUCCGGCGUGGCAGCCACCCGGGAGUGGUACCGCUUCCACUAUGUGAACAUUCUGGCCUCGCUGCCCGCCACCCACAAGGACAGUCGCCACAGCCACGGCAGCCGCUUCAUCCUGUCCUGCCGCUACGAUGGCCAGGACUGCCAGGCCCGGCACUUCCAGACGUCCCAGCACCCCACCUACGGCAGCUGCUAUACCUUCAAUGGUGUCUGGGCUGCACAGCGCCCGGGCGUCACCCAUGGGAUCAGCCUGGUCCUCAGCACUGAGCGGCAGGACCAUCUCCCGCUGCUGUCCACCGAGGCCGGUGUCAAGGUCAUGAUCCACAGGCGCGGCCACGCGCCCUUCCUGGAGCACCAGGGCUUCAGCGUCCGGCCAGGGACGGAGACCACCAUCGGCAUCCGAGAGGACGAGGUGCACCGGCUUGGGAGCCCUUACGGGCACUGCACAGACGGCACAGGUGUGGACGUGCGGCUACUAUACAACACCUCCUACACCAGGCAGUCUCCCGCUGUCCCCCAGGCCUGCCUGGCCUCCUGCUUCCAGCAGCUCAUGGUGGAGACCUGCUCCUGCGGCUACUUCUUCUACCCCCUGCCGGCGGGGGCGCAGUACUGCAGCUACACGCGGCACCCGGCCUGGGGCCACUGCUUUCACCGCCUCUACAAGGACCUGCAGACCCACCGGCUUCCCUGUGCCUCCCGCUGCCCCCAGCUUUGCAGGGAGUCUUCAUACAAGCUCUCCGCUGGGACCUCCAGGUGGCCUUCCUCCAAGUCGGCCGGCUGGAUCCUGGCCCUGCUGGACACGCCCGGCCACCGGAGCCCACGCCCUGGGCGGGCGCAGCUGCCUCCCGCCAAGGCCACGUCCCGGCCGCCCCCCCUGCCGUCCUCGCCCUCCAGCGCCCCCGGGGAGAGCCUCCCCAGCUGGCCCAGGGCCCGGCCCCUCCCGCCCGCGCCCCACCCCAGGGGCACCCUGGCCAAGGUGAACAUCUUCUACCAGGAGCUCAACUACCGCACCGUGGACGAGACGCCCGUCUACUCGGCGCCGCAGCUGCUCUCGGCCAUGGGCAGCCUCUGGAGCCUGUGGUUCGGCUCCUCCGUCCUCUCGGUCGUGGAGGUGCUGGAGCUGCUGCUGGACGCCGCAGCCCUGGCCCUGCUGUUGUGCUGCCGCCGGCUCCGCGGGGCUCGAGGCCAGCCCGGGACAGCCACGGGGGCGCCUGCUCCAAGCCAGAGGCCGGCCGGUUGCCCAGCGGCUGCAGGCAUGACGUCGCACGCCCCAGGGCCCAGCUGGCUUCACCUCCGAAGAGGUUGCCAGGGCUCCAGCAGGAGUCUCGGCUGAGGGAUGCAGCCGAGGGUGGACCCCGGAGACUCCCGACACCUGAACCAGCCUGAACCUGGUCUGACCCUAGGAGCCGUGGCAGCAGUAGGCUCUCCCGGCUGCCCAGGACCGGCCAGUCCAGCCCACAGGGCCUCCCCAGCCAACCAAGCCAAGGCCCGAGCCCAGGAAGCAGUGGCACUGGAGCCCAAGGGC